GUCUGUAUGCAAAACAGUACAAAAUAUUAUGUAAAGUGAUUAUUAGGCUAUUCAGGAAACAAUCUAAACUCCUAAGCAGUACUAAGAAAUGGCGUCUCGCUUCAGUGGUGCCCUCCAGCUCACCGAUCUAGACGAUUUCAUUACUCCGUCGCAGGAAUGCAUAAAACCAGUAAAGAUUGAGAAGCCAAAAACCAAAACUGGUGCCAAAAUCAAGAUAGGCGCCGAUGGAUACUUUGAUAUCAGUGAAGGGAGGGAGCAGAAGCUUCAAAAGGUGGAGAUCACGUUGGCUGACUGUCUUGCCUGCAGCGGAUGCAUCACUUCAGCAGAGAGUGUAUUAGUCACACGGCAGAGUCAGGAGGAGUUGCUAAAGGUGUUCUCAGAGCGCAAACACACAGACAGCAAAGGUGUGACCCAAGACGUGAGCGUGAUCGUGAUCUCCUUGUCGCCGCAACCCGUGCUGUCGCUCGCAGCGCGUUACAAAUUGGAGCCCGAGGAGGCGGCUAGCAGAUUAGCAGGUUACUUCAAGAAGCUAGGUGCAGACCUAGUCUUAGACAUGACGGUGGCAGAGGACCUGGUGCUGUUAGAAGCGCAGCAGGAGUUCCUCCAGCGGUACCAGAACCAGCAGCACGAGCCCACGGCGCGCCAUCUACCCAUGCUCGCUAGCUCCUGCCCAGGCUGGGUAUGCUACGCCGAAAAGACCCACGGCUCCUUCAUCCUCCCCCACAUCUCGACCACCAAGUCCCCUCAACAGACCAUGGGCUCGCUCGUGAAGCAACUGCUCGCGUCGCGCCGCGAGGUGGGCCCCGGCGAGGUGUACCACGUCACGGUGAUGCCGUGCUACGACAAGAAGCUGGAGGCGUCGAGGGAGGACUUCUAUAGCGACCUCACCAACUGCCACGACGUCGACUGUGUUAUUACUGCUAUCGAGUUGGAACAGAUGUUGGGUCCCACCGAGCUCGGAGACGCGCCGCUGUCGCCGCUGGACUGGCCGUGGGGGGAGCCGCCCGGCGCGGGGCUCCGCGGACACGUCGGCACCGGCUCGGGGGGCCUAGCGGACCACAUCUUCUUGUACGCCGCUGAACAGCUGUUUGGAGAGACUAAGGCGGAGCUGGUUUAUAGGAAUUUGAGAAACCCAGAUUUUCGAGAAGUGACCCUCGAAAAGGACGGUGUAGAGGUCCUCCGGUUCGCGAUCGCCAACGGGUUCCGUAACAUACAAAACCUGGUUCAGAAGAUGAAGCGCGGCAAGUCGCCGUACCACUACGUCGAGGUCAUGGCGUGCCCUUCAGGUUGCCUGAACGGCGGUGCUCAGGUGCGGCCCGUGGCGGGCGAGAGCGGCCGCGAGCUGGUGGCCAACCUCGAGAAGCUGUACCGGGGCCUGCCUGUCUCCGUCCCUGCUGAAAACAAAUUGGUUCGGAGGUUAUACACUGAAUGGCUAGACGGGCGAGACUCGGACAAGGCGCGAGCGAUGCUGCACACCUCCUACCACGCCGUUGAAAAAUCCGACGUCGCGCUCAACAUCAAGUGGUGAAUUCAACCUUAAGGGUACUGUGCUAAAGUCGCUUUUACCUUGAGACUGUUUCCGUCGUAGUUACAUCGCGUUUAAGUGAUAAUUUAUACUUUAAGCGUACAGUGCUAGAGUUCAUUUUAUAUUAUAAGCAAUGUGUUGACUACAUCGUUAUCCCAUGUGGCUUUAAACAUUGUACCAAUUUUAACCUUAAUCUUACAGCGUUAAAGUCGUGUUUGCUUUGCAAGCUAAGUUUGCAAUAUCCUCAGAACCACAUCAAAUGGUGAUUUCGACUUUAAAGUCUAGUGAUAAAGUCCAGUUCACUUUGUAAGUGGAGUGUUGACAAAUUAGUGAGGUUGUUUGUAUCAUAAAUGUGAUACCAAUUUGAUCGUAGCAGGAGCUACCGUGUGACUGUUUUGAAUUCGCCACGACUAGAAUCGAAUCAGUUUAUU